UCUAACUCGGAAGCACUAAGUUUCAGAUGACAUCUCGCAAAAGUAAAAAUCGUUUCAGAAUUCCUUCAAGAUUAUGAUAUUUUAACGACAUGUAGUUGUUUUGAAUCAUCCUGUAUACCGGCUUUUUUAUACGUGGGCUCGCGUGUUCCAAUGUAAAACAAGACCAUAACGUGAUGCGUAUCAUUAGUAAGACUAAUGCUCUUGUUACAUUUAUUAGCUAACGCGCCGCAAAUGGAUUUACAAUGUUAUGCGCGCGACUCAGACGAUCGUCAGCGAUUGUGUCAGUGCUCUGUCAGACAAUUGUAAUCUUUGUCUUCUAUCGCACUGGUUGCAUUGGAAUACAAUACACCUACCCGCUUUAUCGGAACAUAAUUUAACGCGAGACAUAAAAGAAAUCGAAAGAAAAAAGAGAGUAGGAAAAAAACGAUAAUCUAUAUAGAUCUCAGUCGCAUCAAUAUGCCCGCAAUCAUUAGAAUGUUACGUGAAUCGGUUAGCUUCGCUUUAGUCGCAAAGAAACGAGCUUGUCGGAAACUGUCGCGCGAUCUGAAACAGUAAAGUUACUCAUCAUGACGGAAUCGAUAUCGUCAGUAAAAGCGCCUUUCCAAAAUCUCAAAUUCCUGGUUAUAAUUAACAAAUUAAUGGGUUUGAUUUCUUGUAAAUUGGAAAAAGGCCGACUCAGGCCAAGCAGUAUCUGGACCCGACGCUUUUGUUUAUUUUGGAUAUUGUUUCAUUGUGCGUACACCUUUAUGAACUAUUAUAAGUGGUGCACGCAGUCUGAUAUCGAGACUCAUUUCUUUCUUAAUAUCAUACGGCUUAAUUUCUUCUUCGUUUCAUUGCUCCCUUAUCACUACGUGGCGGCCUUUCGGAGUCGAGAUGUCGUUAAGUCAUGUAAAAUAUGGAUACAGCAACUAUAGUAGUUUUUCUCCGUGUGCAUGAUUGUCACAGUUCUCCGACAAACUCGAAACGUAUGACGACAAAGCGACACUACUGGGACAUCGGAGAGAGGACAAACACAUG